GAAUUUAAACGAAGACGGAGUCGGCGUAACGUUCUGUAUUUGAAGGCUAACGUCACUUUUCAAGGAUGCCGGUGCAGAGAGUCGUUCUCAACUCACGGCCCGGUAAAAACGGGGUGCCAGUUCCUGAAAAUUUCCGUCUGGAGGAGACGACUUUGGUACCUGAUCUGAAAGAUGGGGAGGUUCUUGUUCGGACGCUUUACCUCUCUGUGGACCCUUACAUGCGAUGCAGAAUGAAUGAAGACACCGGUGUUGAUUAUGUGGCUCCAUGGCAGCUGUUUGAGAGUGUGGAUGGUGGAGGUGUCGGCGUGGUUGAGUCCAGCCGCUGCAGUACCUGCAGUGAGGGAGGUGUGGUCACUUCAUUCAACUGGCCUUGGCAGACCUAUGCUGUUAUGAAAGGAAGUGUCUUACAGAAGGUUGACCCACAGUUGGUUGAUGGGCACUUGUCUUACUUUUUGGGUGCAGUUGGCAUGACAGGCCUCACUGCACUGUUGGGGGUAAGGGAGAAGGGUAAUGUGAUCCAAGGGGCCAAUCAGACCAUGGUGGUGAGCGGUGCAGCUGGGGCCUGUGGCUCCAUAGCUGGACAGUUUGGCAGGUUGGAUGGCUGCGUGAGAGUGGUUGGGAUUUGCGGUUCUGAUGAGAAGUGCAGAGCUUUAGUGGAUGACCUGGGCUUUUCUGCAGCCGUCAACUACCGUAAAGAGUACGUCCCCACAAGGCUCAAGGAGCACUGCCCUGAUGGGAUAGAUGUUUACUUUGAUAACGUGGGAGGAGCCAUCAGUGAUAUUAUAAUCACACAGAUGAACAAAGGGAGCCAUGUGAUCCUGUGUGGUCAGAUCUCUCAGUACAACAAGGAUGUGCCGUAUCCUCCGCCCCUGAGCGAGGAGAUACAGGAAACCCUGCAAAUGAAGAACAUCACCCGGGAGCGAUUUAUGGUGCUUAACUACAUGCACAAAGCAGAAGCUGCCCUCUGUGAACUCAGCCAGCGAGUUAAAGCAGGCCAAAUCAAUGUGCUGGAAACUGUGGUUAAUGGCAUCGAAAAUAUGGGAGAUGCAUUUUGCUCUAUGAUGAAAGGGGGAAACAUUGGCAAGCAAAUUAUAAAGAUUUCGGAGUGAAGAGAAUCACUGUAGCUGCACUGCCUUGGGAAAUUAACUUACAGUUGCCUUUCUAUCACCAUUAACACUAACUUAAUGAACUGUAGUUUGAUAUUGCAUUGAUUAGCUGAGGCCAGUUGAUUUCAAUUAUAAACCAUGAAUGAAAAAUUAAACACUGUACUUUGAAAUUGUGUCCUUGAGAACAAACGGUUGAAAUUUAGAAGUUAGAUCUGUUUUGAAUGUAAUAGUUUUUGAAUUAGACUUUUGGAAAUUGUUGUAGCAGUAAUCAAUGUAGAGUAGUCUAUUCCAGUACUGGCUAAUGAUAAUAAUCUACAAAAACACUGCCCAUACUGUACUAGUACCAUAAUAUGACAUCAGCAGAUGUCUUCUUGUAUGGAGCCCCAAAACUGACAAAAGCCAGUAAAAGGUCAAAGACAAAAUCUUUUAGUAGAAUACUUUUUUUCCUUUUACUUCCAAUCAGUGGAAAACAUGUCUGAUUUGAGGUAAAAUAACUAAGUCACUGAAGCACUGAAGAACACAACAUACUCACCUAGUUAGCUUAACUGAACACACUGCUAGCUUAAUGAAGACACAAAUUACCAGCCUUCUCAGCAAGCUACCUAGCCCAAACCUGCUACAUAAAACUAUGUAUAUAAUGUAUGUAGGCCUAAUGUUAAUAAUCCAUUUACUGCUUUGGCAUCAUUGUCUUUUUUUUAAGAUUGUUUUUUCGGGGCAUUUUUAGGCCUUUAUUGACAGGAGAGCUGAAGAAAUGAGAGUGGGGGUUGACAUUCAGCAAAGGUCCGUGUAUCUACAUAAAUACGCAGCAAAGGCUAGCAAGCUAAUAACAAAAGUUAGCUUGCAAAAACUAUUUGGAAGUAGCUUAUAUCUUCAUAGCAUCAUUAUCACGUCUCCUGGACCUCAAUGGAAAUACAACUUUGAACUUAACUGUGUAAAUUUGAUUUAUUGUCUCUAAUAACGUUAAACUAAAUGAAAGAUAUGUUAGCAAGCUAACUUUGCAGCUUGCUAGCCAAAGUGCUUUAGCUACAAAAAAAGUGCAAGAGAUACAUUGACGCCAGUAGAAUACAGCAAAAAACUAAAUUAACAUUACAGAUGGCUUAGUUUUAUAAAGAAAACUGUACUGUAUUGCAUUAUCCUCAACAUUGUGUAGAUCUGAUUUAAUGUCUUCUUAAACUGUUUUAACUAAAGAUUUUAAAGUAGCAUUAGCUAAAUAAUUUAGUUUGCACAUGCUUUUCAACUUAAGUGCUUCAGCAACGACGACUAUAAGUCUGAUGCUCGUAGUAUAGAUGAUGAAUAUUACAUGCACUAGCUGCUUUAGUUUAAAGCGCUAUAACUAGCUGGAAAUGCUGAUGCUUACUGUGUUUAUUUCCCUGCCAAAGUUUUCAGUAAAGUAAUGCCAAUAUCCUCAUCCUAAAAGCAUUAAGUAGGAAGUAGGAAAUGUUAGAUGUGGAUACUUAUUAAAUGUGUACCAAGAUCAAACACAUAGGAAAAAG